AGACUGGCCAUUAGAUGUGUUUCUAAAGGCAACCAGCUCUUCCACACAUCUGUCUGUCUGUUUGGUCGCCUGUUCUUCUCUGUGUGUCCGUCUGUCUGUCUCGUCUGCUGCCAUGUUGGGACAGAGACUCCUGCAGACUUCAGUGGUGCUGUGGCUGGCACAGGUCACUUUACAAGGAGGUGUCAGACCCCAAACUGGAGCUCUAGGGAGAUUGGUGCCAAGUCGAGGUGCUAGUCUUGGUGCUGUUGGUCUGGGUGCCAAGCCAGGAGUAGGUGCUGGUAUUCUCGGAAGCCGUGGCUAUGGAGGCAAAGCUGCAAAGGCAGGCACUGGCCGUUACCUUGGAGCGGGAGGAUACAGGCCGUUACAAGGUAGAGGAGGAAUGAAGCAAGGCUACGGAGGAGCUCUCGGAGGUUAUGGUGCUGCUCUUGGAGCAGGACUUGGGAACGGUCUGGGAAUGGCUCUGGGAGCUCAGGCAGGAAAACUUGGACGAGGAUACACUAAUGGCUAUGGACUCCAGCCAGGUUACGGCGCUGGUGUAUACCCUGGCGUUGGACGCGGCAGUGGGCUUGGAGGAGGACUACCCAUUUCACAGGGGGGGAAAGGCAAUGGAUAUGGUCAAACUCCAGGAGUACCAAAUGGACAAGGUGCUCCAGUCAACGGUUACGCCCCCUCACCUCUGGGUCCCACUGCACAGGGAGGGUAUGGCUCUGGAGCUGGAGUAAUGAAUGGAAAGGGAGCUAAAGCUAAUGGUAAACCAGCAUGCUACGGCCCGGCCGCAGGAGUGUCUAAUGGAGCCGGAGGAAUGAGCAACGGCUAUGGACCUGGGCCAGCAGGAGUAAACGGACAAGGUGGUAAAGGAGGAGCCAUGUUCCGUGGAAAUGGUGGCAAACCGUCCAAGACUGGAUAUAAUCUUGGAUUGGGCAGCUAUCCCGGAGCCGGACUAACUAAUGGAUAUGGAGCAGGUAUUGCCCCAGGUGUUUAUCAAGCUGGUAGAUUGGGCAAACAGACUGGCUAUGGCAAUGUGUAUGGCUUUAAUGGAUAUGAUGGUGGCUAUGGAGCUGAGCUUGGCUAUCCGGCAGCGCUUGGCGAUGCCACUGGGCUUGGAAGCAAGGCUGGUCUGGGAGCUGGAGGCUUUGCAUCUCCAACACUGGGACUCAGCGCUGGCCUGGGAACUGGUCUCGGCACAGACGCCAAGUCUGCUAAGUAUGGUGGCGCCACUCCUGGUUCUGUGCUCGGUGCUGCUGGAGGUCAGCCAGUUGUGUCUGCGGGACUCGGCCCUCAAGGCAAAACAGGUGGCUAUGGAGGCGCUCCUUACGUGGGACAGACAGCAGGCCUGGUACCUGACGCUUCUCUGGGUGGAACUGGUGGAGUCCUGGAACCUGUGACUGGUGGAGGUGUGGGUCAGUAUCCUUACAAUGGAGCAGGAGUUGUCCCAGCCGGACUGGAAGGUGAAAAUGGAUAUGGAUACGGACCUCAGCAGCUCAGUAUGGGAACUGAUGGAGGCAAAUUAGCAUAUGGGGAGGGAGGAGCCUAUGCAGCACAGCCAGCAGGCUAUGGUGCAGCCAUGGGGGCCGGAGGUCAGGGUCCUUACGGAGGAGGAAAGGACGAGAGCAAGUACAACCUGGGUGGUCUCUACGGAAACAGAAUCAAAGGCUGAUGUCUCAUGUGACUUGAGCGUGAAUUUGGCUUCGUCCCCAUCCGUGUGUCCCCACAUCCUCCAUCACUGUUUAGUUUAAUGUGCCAGUGUGUGUCAUCCGCCUGCUGUGUUUUAGCUGUAAUUUAGUCCUUGUCAUUCUUGUCCUUGUUUGUUCAUGUGUGUAUGUGUGUGUGUGACUAUGUGUUUGUAUGUUUGUGUGUGUGUGAGAGUGUGUGUGUGUGUGUGUGUGUGUUCUUAUUGUAAUGAUGGUCCUAGAUUGUGUCGUUUGUGUUUCCUCCCUCCUUCUUCGCUGUUUUUGGGAGCGUGUCCGACUCCUGUUGUUGGUCUCUGUAUCCAACUAAAACCUUUUGCGCACUA